AUGGGAGAUAGAUCGAUUUUGCCUCCCGGUUUCUACUUUGAUCCGACCGAUGAAGAACUUGUUGUUUACUUUCUAUAUCACAAGGCUUCAAGCAUGCCCUGCAACCCCAAUAUCAUCCCUGAUCUUGAUUGUUUUUUACCCGAUCCAUGGGAAUUAAAUGAUAAGGCUUUUAUGAGUGAAAGGAAAUGGUAUUUCUUCAGCAGAAAGAUGCAAAACCGAUCUACGGAAAAAGGGUUUUGGAAGGAGAUAGGCCUCGAUGAGGCCAUAUAUACAAGUACUGGGAACAAAGUAGGAAUCAAGAAAUAUCUUGUGUUCCAUAUUGAUGCUGUUUGCUCAGACAAGCAAACUGAUUGGAUGAUGGAAGAAUAUCAUCUGCUUAAAAAUGGUUUGUUCAGCGAAAUUUCCCUAACAGCAGAAAGUCAUAUCCAAGAUUCAGACGAAUGGGUUCUAUAUCGAGUUCAUCAAGCAAAUAUAAGCUGUGACGGGAUCGAUUUCUGCGAAACUGAUGAUGGAGAUCAGCUCUCUUAUCUGGAUGAAGUCUUUCUGUCUAUGGAGGAUGAUCAAGAAGAGAUCAGUUUUCCAUGUUAG